AUGGAGAAGUUCUUCCAUGUCCAGUUCGAUCCAAAAACAAAAGAACAAUUAGAAAAAGAGAAGAAGGAAAUGCAGGAUCCGAAAUUCUAUAUUCGUCGUAUGAAUAACGAAACCAAGGAGGCUUUGGAUCAGCUGAAGAAGGAUUACAUACCGAAGAAGGGUCAAGUUGCUGCUGGAUUCACUUCCACUACCAUGACACCUAUAACAAAGCAAAAAGCAGCUGUUUUGUCCGAUGAGGCUGUUCGGUACGUCUUUCAAAAAUCCUGCUUUAACAAAGCGUAAAG